AUGCUAACAGAAUACUUUUAUAUGUGUCAAAAGUAUGAAACUGCCAGAAAGUUUCUAUACAAAGAGUUUCCUCAACAUUAUGUAUGGGGUAAACAACUACGGAUAUGGAAGGAAAGAAAAAAAGGAGUAGUUGUAUCACGCAUUGUAGGAGCAAAUCCAAGAGAAGGAGAAAUAUAUUACCUGCGAUUGUUACUAAACCAUGUUAGAGGGCCGACAUCUUUCGAGUAUUUGCUAACUGUUAAUGGAAAAAGAUUAUCAUCAUUUAAAGAAGCAGCACGGGAAAUUGGUCUCUUAGAUUCUGACCAAAGUGUAGUAGAAUGUUUGGAUGAAGCUGUAUCAUUUGAGAUGCCUAAUGCUUUUCGAAGACUUUUUGCAACAUUAUUAAUGUAUUGCGAGCCUAUUGACGUGAGGAAAUUGUGGGAAGAUUAUUCUCAUGUAUUAUCAGAAGAUUACAGAAAAGACGAGCAACCGAAUUUGGAAUAUCAUAUACAAUGUUCUUUGCGAGAUAUAAAAGUAUUCCUCGAGUCAAUGGGCAAACAAAUCACGAUGUAUGAUUUGCCAAUAAUCAAACCCAUGCAAAUAUUUGCAAAUGAUUGUAAUACGAAAGAUAUAUUGGAUGAAAGAUCAAUUAUAGUCUCGGACGAAGAUAUUCAAGCUUCAUCAAAGUUGAAUGAAGACCAAAAGUUAGCAUAUGAUAUUAUUGUUCAGAGAAUUAUGAAUAAUAAAAGUGGUGUGUUUUUUAUAGAUGGGCCUGGAGGCACAGGAAAAACAUUUUUGUAUCGUGCAUUGCUAGCUACUAUAAGAUCAAGAGGAAUGAUAGCCAUUGCAACAGCAACAUCAGGUGUCGCUGCUUCAAUUAUGCCAGGAGGACGAACGACUCAUUCUAGAUUUAAUAUACCAUUACAAGCAAUUGAAUCAUCUAUGCAGUAUUUCUAA